GAAAAAAGAAAAAAAAAGAGAGGAAGAAAGAAGAACUUUGAACGUCAAGCUAGAACUGAAGUGUGUUUGCUGUACAGAUGGACUCUCAGACCAAAACAGGGAAGGUUUACCUCCAGCCACACAGAGCAGGCAAAAAAUGGAAGCCAGUGUGGCUGUCUCUGUUUCCCCAAAGCAGCAGUGGAGUGGGUCGACUGGAGAUUCAGGAUAUGGGAGGCGGCGGAGUUGGAGGGGAUCAUGGUACUGGGGUCAGGAGACAUCACCACCAGCCUCAUGUGGACAGGAAGGUGAAGGUGGUCCGACUGUCUGAGCUGAUCAGUGUCCUCAGACUCCCCCCAAAUGCCGAAGCCUGUCCCAUGGAGAACAUGUCAGCAUUUUGCGUGGAGACACAGGACAGAACAAUGGUGUUUGCUGCUCUCAAGGACGACUGUGUGGACUGGGUGGAAAAACUGUGCCAUAACACGUUUCAGCGAGGCGGCGGCUCAAGUUCUAGUCGGCUUCAUAUGGAGGAGAACGUGAUAUAUGCCUCAGCAGAUGAAGCCUCAGAGUAUUGGGUGGCGAUUCAGAAGACUGACGCAGCGACUCGCUGCGGCCUGCAGGGGUCAUACUGGCUGGAGGUGGGGAGAGAGGCACUGCUGCUGAGAGAAAAACAGAAGAAGAACAUUGUUAGCGAAUGGCCAUACGAACUGCUGAGACGAUAUGGAAAAGACAAGCUCACCUUAACCAUUGAGGCAGGCAGACGCUGUGAAUCUGGUCCUGGAUCAUUCACCUUUGAGACGCAGCAGGCUGAGAAAAUAUUCUCCAUGAUUCAGAGUACCAUCAAACGAAAGACUUCCCCUGUUACAAUAAGCAACCAAAACCAAGAGGGUGAGAAAGUUAUCGUUACCAACAUACAGGCUCUUUCCCCUCUCCCCAAAAUACCCGAUAUGACCAGCAUGUCUGCCCUUCUCGAGGACAAACUGAGGACACAGGAGAGGAAAUGCGCUGCUUCAGAGGAGAGUGCACCUGCUCGGGAAGAUUUGGUUGCUUCAUCAGAGUGUGUGUCAGCACAGCCAGCUCCUAUCACCCUCAUGCCUCUGCCACUGGUCCCCACACUUGACAGUCACUCUGGGGGUCAGUGUGGAGGCCAGUCAGAAGCUGUAUAUGCUGACCCAGAUCACUGCAUUCGGUCUGCACCAAAACUGCAAUCGGCCACCGGUCUAUAUGUAGACCCAGCCAGUGUUCUCCCACUGAAACCCCCCAGUUCAAGAAAAACUGACACUCCCUCUCCCAUUUCCUUUGAUUCAGUCCCCUCCAUUAACAUCGAUUCAGAUUGCGUCUACUCUGAGGUGUACGACAAAAUCAGUCCAGUUCAGAUCAAACAAACGGUCACUUUGGCGGGUGAUGAACCCAUCUAUAGUGAGCCCAUGAGCAAGGCGGAAAUGUCUCAUAAAAAGGAGAGUAAACCGGACCCUUUUUCCCACCUUUAUGCUCAAGUCUGCAAAACAACACCAUCAUCUUCUUCAUCUUUGAUCCUUGUCCCUUCCUGCUCUUCACCUUCUUCUUCCUCUUCUUCUGCUAUUUCUAACAGUAUGAGCACAACAAAGGCUGCAGACCAGUCUCUUGAUGAUGUAAUCUAUGAAAACCUGGGCAUCAUUUAAUUUAGAUCAUUUAGAAAUGAGCUGUGAACAAAGUAAAACAAGCAUUUUACAGUUGGCCCACAAAACUAGACUAGAGAGGGCCAAAUUUCCCUCCACCUAUCACUCCACCCGUUUCUAUCUAUUUUGCACAUUUUGGGACUCAUGACAAACAGUUUUUAGAAGAGAGAUUAAAACUGAUGCAGCAGAUGGAUUUAUUUCACACAUUUUUCUUCCUUAUCAAAACGUGGUGCCUACAUUACCCACAAUGCAACUCUACCAUAUACAACUCAAUAGGAGUUUUGAGUGUGUUUGAGAAGCUAAAGUAGACUGAAGCAGAGAUGAGCAGCAGCUAGAGAGGUCUGCUAGGCUCAUUUCUUUCUUUUCUCGCACAAAAUGUUUUUUUUCAGCCAAAGUUUAAAAAAUGUUUUGUAAAUAUUUUUUAAUAGCCAUUCAGUAAAGAAAGUGACAGGAUCAGACUUACGCCCAGGGAAGUGUCAGACUUUUAAGAUAUUCAUUUAGAUAUGCUGACAAGAAAUUUUCCCUAUAGUUACUUCUCAGCUUGUUUUUUAUUGAAAUUAUGUAUUGUGUCGUAUAAACAGUUAUAUCUAAACAGUGAAGAUGAAAUCAGUAUUUUUCGUUUUCACAAUGUGUUACUCAAAGUAUAUUUUUGCUUUGUAGGUUGUGUCACUUCUCUGUGUGAACACUGUAGAUAAUGUUUUUGUAAUGUAUGUUUCAACUUCAUAACCCCUGACUGAUAUGAUCAGUAGCUUGUCGUGGCUAAUGUUUAGCUAAUGUUUGCAAACUUUACACAAAUAUUGUCGUCUAAAAGACCAAGGGGUCCUCAUACCUAAAUGAGUGAAUAGGUCAAUUGCCACUGACUUCCUUGAAUAUAUAUGACCACUGAAGAUAAAAAAUGUGAAAAAUCCAAAUAUGCGAAAAAGUCACACUUUGUGUAGGUUUAGGCACGAAUGAAAAUAAUUACCUUAGUUACAUAACUUCUUACAUUAUAAUAAGUUAAUGUUGACUUUUGGUUUUCACGAGACACAAGUCUGACACUGGCAGUUUUGUUUUCUGACCGUUCAUCCGCCCCAGCCUCGUCCCUGUGUGGACCCUGUUUUUCUUUAUACCGUGUGAGCUGAUCUCCUUUGAUCAUAAUUAUUAUGGGCACUACAAGUCGUGGCAUAACAAUAAAUGCAAAUAUGGGCUUGUAUAUUACUAUUGUAAAAAGUUUCUUGCACAGCCAAUCUAUUUUUCUUGCUGAGCUGAAUGCAUACGGUGCCACAUCAGCAGAUGAAAGAAACAGAUUUACUGGCAGAACAUCACAGCACAUGACAUUAAAAUGUACUUCAAGGAGACUUUUCAAGCAGACAGAUUUAACUGUUUUGGCACGCUCGGCAGCAUCUGUACAGAGGUUGUGAAAAAUCUUGAUUGGAUCUGAAACAAAAAUUUUAUUCUUAAACUGCUUGUAAAAAUGGGCUAUACAAAUAAAGUUGACUUGAUUUGACUUGACUUCUUUUGUGCAUUAAGUAGGUAUUUUGUUCCAAGUUUAAGUUUAAGUGCCAGAUUGUGACAUCCCAAAUCACCUUGCUGUUGGAAGGUAAUUAUGAUUUGUUCCUUUACACAAGUUAGAUUAUCUCUAAAUAUGAAACUGCAUAUUUACUGUUUUAUUUUAGCUU